UAUCUCCGAAUACAUCCGAUCGCUCGCAAAACCGUGCAGUAAAAUCCCGGAAAUGUCCGAAGUGGAAACUGAUCUGGUAAAGUGACGCUUCCCAUACGUUAGAUCGGUGUGUAAUUAGGCACUUUACAGACGGGAGUAGAAAAUACACUAUUACCAUACCCUAACAGCACAUAACCGUGGAAAACAUCAGGAUGAUAUAGGAGAUUGCAUGGUUAAGCAACAACGCGUAUUGAUUUGUGUGACAACGUCCAAGUCAAAUUGGCUCUCAAGUCCAACAAGAGUUUUUUCAAUUAAUAUGGAAGAAAGAAGUUCAUCUAUCGCGUCCAGCUCCAGUCAAAAACUUUCCUUUUUUCCUCUGCUCUUUCUUAUCAGUUCCUAUCCAUUGAUUUAAAAGUGUCAUUUUGGCCUACGGAAAAAGCCGAUAUCAUUUUUUUUAUUAAUUACGAUUAACUUUGUUUUAUCUUCUAUUAUGUCCGUGUAUUUUUCAGGGAUUAAUUGAACUAAAAACAUUUAGGCGAUAAAAAUAUUCAAUAAGUUUUUUUUACUAUUUACGGUCCGGCAACACAGACAACUUGGCCAGGUGGUGACUAACUUAUUUGUCCAUCAAAGGAUGCCUUCGUUAAGUUUGGUUAAUACAAAUUUUAUUUUCUGAAUUCUUCUUUCUUUUUAAUGCCAAAUCUUUUUGUGUGCGAAAUUGUGUGGCGGCCUGGCUCUCUAGUCGCCGACAUUGAACCAUUUUUUCGGCAUUUAAUUUUAUUCAAGAAAAUGUUGUGCAAAAAUCUAAGGCAACCUCCUGUCGAUUAUCGCGAAACCCGGCAUUGUUUUCUGGUCUCUCCCCGCCCCCCACCGCCGCCCGGCGAUGUUAUUAAUAAACGUCACAGUUGUUACACUUGCUGAACCGCAAACUUUACGAGGCGUUGCUCGGACCGACACGUAGACGAAAUAUAUAUAUUUUUUCAAUACAAUAUGUCAACUUUAAUAAUUUGGCAUAUUGUAUUUUUUAAAUAAAUAUAGAAUAUGUCUUAAAUUUUGAACAUUGAAGAAUAUUAUUCUUAUCCUAUCUGGUUGAAAAAAAAACAAAAUUAUGCGUGUCUAAGCUAAAGUUAAUGAACAAAAACAAAAAAGACAGAGAUUGAUGGGUAUGAAAGAAUACAUGAUGACUUUAGCUCACAUAAGAAAGUUAAAGCAGUAUAAGCAUAACAGUGGGAAGGCAAUAAUGGACAAAAAUGGAGGCUGAAUUGUAGAAACAGAAAAAAAACGUAUGAUGGCGUACAAGAAAACGUAACUGGACCACCAAUUAUCAAAGACGAAAUAGAAACAGUCAUUAAAUUAGCAAAAGCCAGAGAACAAUAGAGCCAGAUGAAAUUCCAACUGAUCUGGAAGUUUUUGAAAUGUGCGUGUACAGGCGCACGUUGAGGAUAAGUUGGAUAGAUCGGGUCACUAACAUAGAAGUCAUGAACAGAAUGAAGAAAAAAAAGAAAUCAUCAAGAUCAAGAAACUCUCAUACUUCGGCUAUGUUAUGAGACACCCUGAAACAUACAACAUCCAGCGUUUGAUCGUUCAAGGCAAAAUUGAGGGAAGACGAAGCCUAGAAAGAAGAAGAACAUCUUGGCUGAAAAACAUAAUCAAUUAAAACGCUGUUUAGGACAGCGGCAAAUAAAGUAUUGAUAGCCAACAUGACAACAUUCGAUAAAAAACGGAUAUGGCCCAUCAAGAUUUCAUUCUAAGAAAAAAAAAUUUUGCCUAAGUCAAAGUAAACGAACGAAAAUGAAAAUCGACUCGGAAUUGUUUCGAACGCCCUGUAUAACCGAAGUGACGCUUCACCGCACACGGCGGAGCCUAAUAACACAGAGGCGCCGGUAUAACUUUCUUACUUUCCCUCUAAUGAACGCAGCGACAACCCCCAAUGGACUAUUACGAGUGUGCUUUCAAAACGCUGCGACGCGAAACGAACGCCAUUUUGUUUGUCAUCGUCCGCCUCGCGAAAAUUGUCCGUCUAUUUUUCCUGCCAAGUCGCGCGUAAAUAAUAAAACGAGGAAGAAAAUUUUCCACCGAGCGCCGCGUUUAGAUACGAGGAGUUUGAAAAUUUUAAACCCAAUGUUAUUUAUUUCUUGGAAAAAAAUCAUAAAAUCAAAAACCGCCAUAUUUUCGAAAGUAUACUGAGACUUACAUCUCAAUAGUAUCUCUUAAUGAGUCGAUGGCUAAGAUCGGAAUCCCAGACGCCUUGUAUAGAAGCGAACAGCGUUGCACAAUGCGAGCUUUCACGCGUUAUACAAUCGCAACCGGUCAGAAGCCAUUUGCUUUAAAGACCGGCCGUUAUUGCACCAAAGUAUCGCUUACGAAGAAAAAUGUAUACAAUUUGCAGCUGUGAAUUUUAGAAAUAUAUAUAUAUUUUUUAUUCUCCUCGUAUUUACGUCGAGCCGGGUGCUAAAUGAAAAUGAAAAGAUGAACGGUCGACACGCGAAAGCAUCCCCACCCACCUGGGGGAGACCUGGGGGCACGCGACGCGACGGCGACGACUACGAAGUUUUAGUCUGCCGCGUACGCGACCAACGAAGAUGUCUCGCGAGCACGAAACUGACGCCCGGCGUCGCGGGAUGGCGACGACGUCGCGUGUUUUGAUCGUAUUGCUUGUUUUAGGCGCGAACUCAUCGACCGUUCACCCGAUCACCAACAAAAGAAGCGGCAACGUGAGGUUCUUAGGUCCCGUGUCCACGCGCGUGCUCAAACGCUCAGGCGACUGGGAGGACGGACUCAGAGAGGCAACCACUCAGGCCCUACUCAGAGAGCACGUGGACGAUCCCGAUUUGAGACGCCGCGUUUACUCCGCCCCCAUAAUAGGUAAACAGGACAAAGCGACACCUUUUGGAGACGUCGCCGUGGUGGCUCGAGGUCAGCUCUACGCCUCACGGGGAGGGCUCGCUUUCGUCCAGGAUCCCUACGAGAACGACUGCGAGGAAUGCCACAAUGCCGAGGAGGUACGACCACCUGCAGGCGACGAAGGGCUGCUCGCCCUGUGGACGGUCAAACGCGUCCGACACAGAGGAUCGAGGCAACUCCCUAGGUACGAAAUGGAGUUUAUCAUAUCGCCGAGGCGUCGCAUAUAUCGCCAAAUCGGAGGUGGGUUCGAUUACUCCGUGCCGGGUCACGUGUUCGUCAUGCGCACUGACCCCGACCACGACCCAUACCCCUACCAGCCCCUAAGACAGGGCGCUUUCGUCGCUCAAACGUCCGACGGUCGCAAAUACGUGUUGCAAAGUUUCCCGGGGUUCCGCGCCCCACCCGUACGGCCCACGGCUACCACCGACGAGCAGGAGGACGAGAAAAAUAUCUACCAGACUCUGCUGGACAUCAUCAAUAAGAAAACGGUGGAACCGCAUAGAUUUUUCCCGUCGACGAGACCGGCAGCCGAAAACACCCUAGUGCAGCUUGCGGACGGACAACUGGUACCCGUAACUCGACUUACAAGCCCGUACUCCACAGAGACGACCCCAAGGUACACGCAAACCUCCGCAUACGUAAGAACCAAACCGGUUCCCGUUUUUACGAGACCCACCCAGACGCCGACCGUGCCGGCCAAGACAACCUUCCACUUCUUCUCCGCCUCCGAAGACGACGAAGAACUCGACGACAUCUUUCGGCCGUCUACCAGAAAGCCAGCGACGUCAUUCGACGUGAAAGUGACGCAAACUACGGAGACUAAUUUCAGGCCAUCGCCAGAGGACGCGACCGUGGAAGUUCUGCCCAGCACCAGGCUUGCCGCGGACACGACGGUCGAGUUUUUGCCCAGUACCGGCCUGUUCACGAGUUCGGCCCUGUACUCGCAGACUAAAACGCCGAGGUACCCGACCACGCCCUACUACGAGGCUUCGACCAAUUUUCGCGGUACCGACGAAGAACCUUCGACUAUCGUCGCGAAACUAACUACCCAACACUACUCCACCCAACCUCCCACCACUUUAUUGCAGAAAACACCCGCACCUAGUCGAUUCACGACCCCCACCCCUCCCGGAUUCGUCGAGACCAGUGUCGGGGUAACCAGGAUCAUGGGAGUUACGCGAAACGACACCACGGACACCGUAUACAUAGCGGCGGAAGACAACGAAAUUUCCUCGCCAGGAGGGUCGACCUUCGAGAACACCAAAGCGACGACGGCGCCACCUAGAAGUGGAGGCGCCAGGUUCCCGACGACGGCCAUUCCGCAGCGUAUCGUCACCACCAUAAGCGCGGACGGCAAAGUGUCGGUUGAGACCACGCCCAUAUUCGGCACUAAAACCGCCACGCCCACCGCGAGAAGUACCAGGAGGCAGCGGAUUACGACCACCACUGAAAAAAGCGAUUUCCUGAUCGACGCAGGCGUCGCGAGCUCGCGACAGCCCUCCUACUUUAACUCGGCGAAAGACUACGACGAUGACGCGAUUUUCGGCACGGUCAAACCCCGUAUGACGGUGGCGGCGAGCCCCAAGACCACAACCAGGCAGUACACCAAGUCGGAUGUGGAGGUGGCGCUAUUCGGCAGGGGCAGACGUCACAAACCGCCGAAUAGUACCACCGAGAAGCCCAUUAGGUCUUAUUCACGAAUCUACGUGGCACCCACGUCACUUAUGACGCCGCCGAUGACGAUCGCUCCACAGGUAUCGACCACCACCAUCGCGCCCGUCACCAGUCAGAGUUACAAGACAUCGAUAAGCUUCGAGGUUAACAAGAGGAAGAAAGAGACGGAAACCACACGAGCCUUCAACGAGUUUGCGGCCCAAUUGGUGAACCACGCGAGGGGCAUCGAGAUUUUGACCGAAACCACCACCCCCGGUACCAAGAAACCGAAAUACACGCGGAGACGGAGCUACGUGCCCAAAUCGAAAAGGCCCGUUAGGAAAAAGAUGACGUAAUCGGCCAUAACUACGUCAGCGCUUUGUAUAUUUGUACAGUAACGAGAAUUUAAAGAAAUGUUGUUUAUAGGGCGUCGAAAAACGAGACUUUGUUACAAUUACAUAACCUAACAUUUUGCAAAUGGUAUUUAUGUAAAAUUAUUGAUGAUUUAAUGGAACUUACCGGGAUUUAUAAGACUUUAUUUAUUGAAAGGGGGAUUUAUAAUGGCGUAAACGAUAAUAUAGCGUAAU